CAGAUCGAACGGAGAGAAGUGAAGAUGCAGUGUACCCUAGCGCUAUGCUACGGCUUCAGAGAGACUUAUAAAUAUUCGCUUAAUCGCGUAUCUCUGUGAGUUCCCUCAACAACCUCGUUGCCUCCUGAUCCUCGCUCUUCGGUGUUUUUGGAGGAUCUCUAAUUCAAGUACUCUUUUGUUAAAAGCAACUCAAAAUGGUGAAGUUCACAGCAGAUGAGCUUCGUAGGAUUAUGGACUACAAACAUAACAUUCGUAAUAUGUCUGUUAUUGCUCAUGUGGAUCAUGGGAAGUCCACACUUACUGAUUCUCUUGUGGCGGCCGCUGGUAUCAUUGCUCAAGAAGUUGCCGGUGAUGUCCGGAUGACGGAUACCCGCGCGGAUGAAGCUGAGCGUGGUAUCACCAUCAAGUCUACCGGUAUCUCUCUAUACUAUCAAAUGACUGAUGAGUCUUUGAAGAGCUACAAGGGAGAGCGAAAUGGGAAUGAGUACCUUAUCAAUCUUAUAGAUUCCCCCGGGCAUGUUGACUUCUCAUCCGAGGUCACAGCUGCUCUCCGCAUUACUGAUGGUGCUCUCGUGGUGGUCGAUUGUGUUGAGGGUGUGUGCGUCCAAACAGAAACUGUCCUCCGCCAGGCCCUGGGAGAAAGGAUCCGACCAGUCUUGACUGUUAACAAGAUGGACAGGUGCUUCCUUGAGCUUCAGGUCGAUGGAGAGGAGGCUUAUCAAACAUUCCAAAGGGUUAUCGAGAAUGCAAAUGUCAUCAUGGCUACAUAUGAGGAUCCUCUCCUUGGUGAUGUUAUGGUCUACCCUGAGAAGGGAACAGUUGCUUUCUCUGCAGGGUUGCAUGGGUGGGCGUUUACUCUUACCAACUUUGCAAAGAUGUAUGCUUCUAAGUUUGGAGUUGAUGAAUCUAAGAUGAUGGAACGGCUGUGGGGUGAGAACUUUUUUGACCCUGCUACUAAGAAAUGGACCAGCAAGAAUACCGGUUCUGCUACAUGCAAGCGUGGUUUCGUUCAGUUCUGCUAUGAACCCAUUAAACAGAUCAUUAACACAUGCAUGAAUGAUCAGAAAGAUAAGCUGUGGCCUAUGUUGUCAAAACUUGGUGUCACCAUGAAGAGUGAAGAGAAGGAUUUGAUGGGGAAGGCAUUGAUGAAGCGUGUCAUGCAGACCUGGCUUCCAGCAAGCAGUGCCCUACUGGAAAUGAUGAUCUUUCACCUCCCAUCUCCUUCCACUGCUCAAAGAUAUCGUGUUGAGAACUUGUAUGAGGGACCUCUUGAUGAUCAGUAUGCCAAUGCGAUAAGGAACUGUGAUCCUGAGGGACCUCUUAUGCUCUACGUGUCCAAGAUGAUUCCAGCAUCCGACAAGGGUAGGUUUUUUGCUUUCGGUCGUGUGUUUGCUGGUAAGGUUUCAACUGGUUUGAAAGUUAGAAUCAUGGGUCCUAACUUUGUCCCUGGGGAGAAAAAGGAUUUGUACGUUAAGAGUAUUCAGAGAACUGUUAUUUGGAUGGGGAAGAAGCAGGAAACUGUUGAAGAUGUACCUUGUGGGAAUACGGUUGCCUUGGUUGGUUUGGAUCAGUACAUCACCAAGAAUGCGACCCUGACAAAUGAGAAAGAAGUCGAUGCCCAUCCAAUCCGAGCAAUGAAGUUCUCUGUCUCACCUGUUGUUCGUGUGGCCGUACAGUGCAAGGUUGCAUCUGACCUUCCUAAGCUUGUUGAGGGUCUGAAACGUCUGGCCAAAUCUGAUCCUAUGGUGGUGUGUACCAUUGAAGAGUCUGGGGAGCACAUCAUUGCCGGUGCUGGAGAACUUCACCUUGAGAUCUGCUUGAAGGACUUGCAGGAUGACUUCAUGGGUGGUGCUGAAAUUGUAAAAUCUGAUCCCGUUGUCUCCUUCCGUGAGACUGUUCUUGAGAAGUCGUGCCGGACUGUGAUGAGCAAGUCUCCCAACAAGCACAACCGUUUGUACAUGGAAGCUAGACCUUUGGAGGAAGGGCUUCCAGAGGCAAUUGAUGAUGGGCGUAUUGGCCCAAGGGAUGACCCAAAGGUCCGCUCAAAAGUCUUGUCAGAGGAGUUUGGUUGGGACAAAGAUCUUGCGAAGAAAAUCUGGUGUUUUGGCCCUGAAACCACUGGCCCCAAUAUGGUGGUUGAUAUGUGUAAGGGAGUUCAAUACCUGAAUGAAAUCAGGGAUUCUGUUGUUGCUGGGUUCCAGUGGGCAUCGAAAGAAGGUGCGUUGGCUGAAGAGAACAUGAGGGGAAUCUGCUUUGAAGUUUGUGAUGUGGUUCUCCAUGCGGAUGCUAUUCACAGAGGUGGUGGCCAGGUCAUUCCAACUGCUAGGAGGGUUAUAUAUGCUUCCCAGAUCACAGCCAAGCCCCGUCUUCUGGAGCCCGUAUAUCUGGUGGAAAUUCAAGCACCUGAGCAAGCCCUCGGUGGAAUUUACAGCGUUCUAAAUCAGAAACGUGGGCAUGUGUUCGAGGAAAUGCAGAGGCCGGGUACCCCUCUGUACAACAUCAAGGCUUACCUUCCAGUUAUUGAGUCGUUCGGAUUUUCAAGCACAUUGAGAGCCGCAACAUCAGGGCAGGCUUUCCCGCAGGCCGUGUUUGAUCACUGGGACAUGAUGUCGUCUGAUCCAUUGGAGUCUGGUUCGCAGGCAGCCACUCUGGUUUCAGAGAUUCGGAAGAGGAAAGGUUUGAAGGAGCAGAUGACGCCACUGUCUGAGUUUGAGGACAAGCUGUAGGCGACUAUUAGUGCAUGAUCAACAUGGUGCGAAACUAAGAUCAAGAUUGUAAAGGCGGCUGGAUGGUACAAUUUUAUUUCUUUCGACUCUGUCAUUUUUGCAGUGUGUUAUUCCAUGGAGUAGUAGUAGUAGUAGUAGUUUGUGUGUACUUGGGAGUUCGAGUCUUUCUGUUGUGUGUGGUUUUACAAGGAACUAUUGCUUAGUAGUUAGUUUUUCUCUUUGAGUAGGUGGAUUACUUUCCAAAUAUUGAAUGCUUUUAUAUAGCACCUUCAAGAUUUUAUUUACAACUUUUCUAGUCAAUGAAAUGCCAUUGUUUCAGGGUGUCUGGGCAUAACAAUUUAUUGUUAUUAUUAUUAUUAUUAUUAUUUUUAGUUUUUUGAGGGUAA